AUGGAUAUUUUUUCAAAGAAAGUGAGAUUUCUUAUUAAAAAAUCAAAUUUAUCAAAGGUACUUGAAACACCACCAGAAAUAGUGAAAAUGAAAAUUGACUAUUUGGUUUCUUUCUGUGAUAAAUCACAAAAUCUUUGGACAGUUUUUUUAAAAAAUUUCGGUGAAUAUCUUAGAAAAACCUUUCCAAGUGAGAAGUUUUCUGUACAAGUUAUUUCGCAUAUGACGUCUGCUGUGUGGAGAAUGUUGGAUAUAAUCAAAAUUUAUUUUGCGAUUUUGGCAAAAAUGGCAGAAGAAAAUCACACCGAUAACGAGUUGACAGACGAAUUUACCAGUAAUUUUUUUAAUGGAACAUCACCAAACAUGAGUUGUUUACAUCAAGAAAGCGAUUAUGAAGAAGAACUAAAUAAUAAUAAUGAGAUUAUUCAUCAAUAUUAUUCUUGCAACCAAUUCACAUAUCAUCCUUUUUCCAAUGGCUUGUAA